AUAAGUCCACCGGGUGUAGCCGGUAAUGCCGGUUUGUUUUAGUGGGUUACGAAUUUACAGCGGUUUAAAAGAUUGCCAUUGCUUCACAGUUUUCACACAGACAAACAGAGACGAGAAAAAAAAAUAAAACAGAGAAACCAGAGAGAAAGAGAAAAGCUUUAUUUAUUUAUGUUAUUUUUGGAAAUUUCCUCUUUGCGCGAGUGUACGAGCUCUGAUAUCUCGGCUCAUCUGCUGCAAUUUGUACAGGUUGAUGAGGAGAUUUAGAGAUGAGCAGUGAGUUGUUGGUUUUUUGGCAGAAGGAAAGAGGAAGAGUGAAAGUGACUAGAGAUAAAAAAGUGGAAAGGAAGACCGAUAAAUCAGAAUUGAUUGAUUGUUGCAUAAAUCAAGAAGAUUGGUAGUGAAUUGAGAGGAAUACAGGCUUGUUUUGGUCGAUUUGAUAAUUUUCUAAGGGAUAGUUGGUUUUCUUUUUUUAAACGAGAGCGGUGUUGGUAAUUUGCGUUGAAUUCGAGCUAGGGUUUUUUAGUUUUAUGGGAAUUUUAGAGUAUCGGAUGAGAGAUCUGAGCUGAAAACAUUUGGAAACGUUGAAGUAAAAAAAAUGACAAUUACGGAGGUAUCAAUGAAAGGAAAUUGUGUUAACGGAAGAGGAGAAGAAAGCUUUUCUUCUGGUUAUAGCAAGCCAAUUGAUGCUCGGAACACCAUGGAAGGGCAAAACGGUCUGUCGACUCGUCAAGCUGCCGUCAGAGACCCGGAAACAGCGCUGUAUGCGGAGCUUUGGCGUGCAUGUGCCGGACCUCUGGUGACCGUCCCUCGCGAAGGAGAGCGCGUGUUCUACUUUCCCCAAGGUCACAUAGAACAGGUUGAGGCCUCUACUAAUCAGGUUUCAGACCAGCAUAUGCCAGUGUAUAAUCUUCCAUCGAAAAUCCUUUGUCGGGUGAUUAACGUUCAAUUAAAGGUUGAACCUGAUACUGAUGAAGUUUUUGCACAAGUGACUCUGCUUCCUGAACCUACACAGCAAGACGAGAAUACCUUGGACAAGGAGCCUCCCGUUCCUCAACCCCCACGGUUCGAUGUUCAUUCCUUUUGCAAGACCUUGACUGCCUCCGAUACUAGCACCCAUGGUGGGUUUUCGGUGCUCAGGCGACAUGCUGAUGAAUGUCUUCCACCAUUGGACAUGUCACGGCAACCUCCAACACAGGAAUUGGUUGCUAAGGAUUUGCAUGGAAAUGAGUGGCGAUUCCGGCAUAUCUUCAGGGGUCAACCACGAAGACACUUGCUUCAAAAUGGCUGGAGUGUUUUUGUGAGUUCCAAGAGGCUUGUUGCAGGGGAUGCAUUUAUAUUUUUAAGAGGUGAGAACGGAGAAUUACGUGUUGGUGUAAGAAGAGCAAUGAGGCAGCAGGGCAAUGUUCCUCCAUCCGUAAUAUCAAGUCAUAGCAUGCAUCUUGGUGUGCUUGCAACAGCGUGGCAUGCCUUCUCAACACGAACCAUAUUUACUGCGUAUUACAAACCUAGGACAAGCCCAGCCGAAUUUAUUGUUCCAUUUGAUCAGUGCAUGGAGUCAUUAAAGAAUAAUUACUCUAUAGGGAUGAGAUUCAAAAUGAGAUUUGAAGGUGAAGAAGCUCCUGAACAGAGGUUUACUGGAACAAUAGUUGGAAUAGAAGAUACUGAUCCGAAAAGGUGGCAGGAUUCCAAAUGGAGAUGCCUCAAGGUGCGAUGGGAUGAGACAUCUAACAUACCUCGUCCGGAGAGAGUUUCUCCUUGGAAAAUUGAACCUGCUUUGGCUCCUUCAGCCUUGAAUCCCCUUCCAAUUCCCAGGGCCAAAAGGCCUCGACCCCAUGCAGUACCUUCAUCCCCUGAUUCCUCUGUGCUAACUAGGGAAGGUUCAUCCAAAGUUACUGGAGACCCUUCAACAGCUAGUGGUUUGUCAAGGGUCUUGCAAGGUCAAGACUUCUUGACCUUGAGAGGCAACUUUGCAGAGAGUAUGGAGUCUGACACUGCUGAAAAGUCGGUGAUGUGGCCACCUGUAGAUAAUGAGAAGAUUCAUGUGGUUUCUGCUUCAAGAAGAUUUGGUUCAGAGAAUUGGAUGUCCUCCAGGAGGCAUGAACCAACAUACACAGAUCUACUCUCAGGGUUUGGAUCAAAUGCUGAUUCCUCACAUGGGUAUUGUUCGUCCUUGGUUGAUCAAACUUUAUUGGUUGGUAAGACUAUGAAAGAAAAAGCAGUAGAUCAAGAAAGGAAGUUUGGCUCUUGGUCCCUCGGCCCUUCUGGUCUAUCACUCAAAUUGGCCGACACAAAUGCAAUGCUGCCAAGGCAAGGUUCUAGCGUGCCUUAUAAACCCCGAGGAAAUGGUCAAUGUAGUGGUUUUGGUGACUAUCCUGUACUUCAAGGCCAUAAAAUUGAACACUCAAAUGGAAACUGGUUGAUGCCUCCCCCAAAUUCGCAUCAUGAGAAGAGUCCAGUCCAAUCUCGAGAUUUAGUUCCUACAUCAUUGGUACAAGAACACGAGAAUGGAAAAUCUGGAGAAGGAAACUGCAAGCUCUUUGGUAUUCCUCUCAUUAGGAAUUUUGUUGCAUUGGAGCCCACUUUCUCUCGUGUUAAUUCGUUGAAUAAGCCUGUGGGUCAUAUGCAAGCUGCAGUACACCAUGUUCGAGCUUUUGAAUCUGACAAGAGAUUUGAAAACUCAAAGGUCUCACAAUCAGUGGAUGUGGAGGACUUGUCUAAUUUUAAUGAGCUGGAGAAACAACCUCAUGCACGAGAGAUUCAAAGCAAGCCGUUUAGUGCUUCAACUAGGAGUUGUACUAAGGUUCACAAGCAAGGGAUUGCUCUUGGUAGGUCUGUGGAUCUUUCCAAGUUCCACGACUACGAUGAACUUAUUGCUGAACUGGAUCGAUUAUUUGAAUUUAGAGGCGAGUUAAUGGCCCCUAAAAGGAAUUGGCUUGUGGUUUAUACUGAUGACGAGGGUGAUAUGAUGCUUGUUGGAGAUGAUCCCUGGCAGGAAUUUUGUGCGAUGGUUCGCAAGAUUGGUAUCUACACUAGAGAGGAGGUACAGAAGAUGAAGCCAGGAUCAAUGAGCUCAAAGGGUGAGGACAAUUCAGUUUCCGCGGGAGGCCUGGAUGGAGUGGAAAUGAUAACAUCUAGCGCAGAGAAUUGUUAGGCUUUUCUUAAUGGUUCUUGCCCUUUGUUAAAGAGACAUUAGGAGCGCUAUAUUGGCAUUCCAAUUGGUUAUAAGCUUAGAUCAGUUUGUGACAUGGGAGUCUAUAUUGGCAGCAAGUUGAUCUUCUAAACCAGAAUAGUAGUAUAGUGAAAUUCUGGACAUGCUGCAGAGGUCAUAGUUUAAAAUGUUCUCUAUAUGCAUAAAUUAUGUAAACCCGAAUCUGUGUUUUUGAGUGCGGCUGUACCGGCCGUUGCUUUUGCAGCUCCCCCUACUCCCCAUGUACAGAGGUCGCAUUUCGGCCUGUGAAUGCAAGUUAAUACAUCGUCUAAUGUUCCAAUUAAAGCA